AUGUCAUUGAUGUCAACAUCGCACAACCACGGUACUAGAUUUGCUGUUCGACAAGCUUCUCAACAAAAUUUGUUUGAUUUACCACAACAAUCACCAUCGACGUCAUUUGAAACAUCAUCAGUUAUUGUCUCAUCGCCAUCUAAAUCGAAAACCGUAAUGAAUACAACUGUGUCGUCCCGACAACCCAAAAUUUGUGCUAACAAUUUAUCGAAAAAGAAAUUCAUAUCGAAUAAAUUCAAAUCCACAGUAAUAACAUCUAUAUCAAUCGAUGAACCGCUGCAAUUAUCAUUGGUAACAACAGAUCAUGCAUCUUCACCAGGAACAAAUACAGCUACAUCAAUGUCAGCAACUAGCACACCGACUAGUUUAACAUCAUUUCGAAAUAAUCCCGUGGUUCAAGUUCUGUCAAUGACUGAUGAUGUUGGUCUGAAAGAUGUAUCAAAUAGUGCAACAAGAGCAAGCUCGAUUAACGUAAAUCAAUUAGUUCUAGACUUCCAAAUUAAAUUGAAAGCAAAAGAUGAAGUAAUCAAAGAUUUGAAGAAAAAACUAAUCGAUCGUAAUCAAAAAAUUGCUGAUAUAGAGCAGUCAACAAUGAUUAUUCCGACGGCGCCACUUGUUAUUGAUUGGAUCGAUCAUCUACAUGAAUUGAUACAUAAAGAAGAAAUUCAAAGUGACAUAGAUUAUAAACACUAUGCCACUCAGUUGAAUAUGAAUGAAGAAAGAUUAAAAAAUUGUAUAAAUGAAAAAGAUAGAAUAAAAACGGCCCGUACGAUCAUUCGAAAUUUUUCUGAUUAUGAAGAAUUAAUUGUUAUGGAUAACGGUUGGCAAACACUUGAUAAAGAAAAAGUUAACGUCGUUUUAGAGCUUAUUCGAAACAUAUUUGGACCAUCGAUUUCAAUAACAGAUAGUACUAUACGUGUAUCACUAGCAACUAUGAUUCGUACAGCUUGUUGGAAAGCUCGAAAUUAA